CGUCUCACCAAGGGGCAUAGGGAAGAGGAGGUAUGCGGAGAUGUUUUUCGACGACUCCGAUAGACCGCUGAAAAAGCUGCGCAUACAUCCCCCGGCGCAGCCUCCUGCUCCCAAACCAGAACUCACGGAUUAUGAGUUGGAUUUGUUGAGACACGAGGCUCAGGAUCGGUUACGGACGACAUGGGAGGAUAUCAUUGAGAGGUAUUCGCGUCCGGGUAUCGUUGCUGAUGAGAUCGACCUGGAGACUGGGGAGGUCGUUGUCGAUAAUGGACACCUACGCGGGAUGGAGAGGUUGGAGUUUGGUGAUGUUGAGGGAGACGAGGAAAGGGAAAGCGAUUUCAGUGAAGGGGAGGUACAUGGAGAAGAAGAAGAGGAGGUGUUUGAGGAGUUGCUGACGCCAGGACGACGGACGCCUGGAUCGAAGUUAAUGCAUUUGUUGCGGACGCAGAGAUCGGGAAGCUUGACGCCGAGACGGAAUCGGACGCCGCAUACACCGUCACGUAGCCGACAAGACAGCGCACCACCGCGGUUUCCAUCAGGACUCGUACGACAAGGCCAUGACUCCGGAAAAGGCGAAUCGAUUAUUUCGACACACGCUUCGUCGCCUGGGGCGGAGUCUGAACUAUCUCAAGAGAGCGCGCAUGACUGGUUGAACGCUGGUGCUCGAACGGUCAAAGGAGCAGGCGAAGAUGAACUGAUCCGGGAUGAUGAGAGCGAACAUGCGUGGAUUAAUGCGGAGGACGAGGAGGGUGGACCGGUGGGGAGAUUGACCUUGGCAAGUCCGAGCAAGUGGUUGAAUGUGCAUGCCGCAAAUACGCCUGUCUUGUUUCGCCCCUCUGCGAUACCGACACCACUACCAAUGUCAAUAUUUAUGCCAACACAAGAAGCAGCAGCGGUACUAACGCCAGCGCAAGUAGAGGCCGUGGAGGAAGGAAUGGGCGACGACUUGUGGGGACCGAGUCGGAACGAUCCAUUUGUGGAGAAAGGCAAGAGAUGGAGGGAUCAUCACCCGGAUGGGAGUCCGCCGCCGGAGAUGUUUGAGAGGGAGAAGGUUACCCUGAUGCCGACAGCGGAGGGUCUGUUUGAGGAUUAUGAUCAGGGAUAUUGGGAGGACGGGCAGCAUGAUAAGAAACCAGUGGAUACAGAGGAGCCUAUGGAUGAGGGCAGCAAUGAGUGGAAGGAGCACAAGGCGUUUGAGAACGCGAGUCCCAAUCCUUUGGGGUUGUUGCUGCACAUGUACAGGAAGCAACGGAGUGUGACGCCGACGGAUGUGGUGAAAACUAUAUCACCAGCGCCAGCGCCGGUGCUGGCACCUGUAACACCAUCAGAAAGGAAAACAACACCGGUGAAAGCAAUAACAAGUCCCAUGAAGACUACCGUCACUCCCUCCACGAGGAUGACGCCGAAGAAGAGUCUCGUCACUCCCGCAACAAAGAUUACACCGAAGAAAGCGAUGUCAGAGGAGCCGAAACGCAGAUUGUGGACGCCGAUCAAGACUGUGAGGAAGACGCCAAAGUCGGCUGCCAGACCUGCGUUACGCGCCGAAGAUAGCUUCGCGUCAGUCGCUUCUGCCGUGGAUGUAGACGGGAAGACGGCAAGUUUGUUGGAGGUCGUGGCUAGCGAGGUCAGAAAGGGGAAGAAGUCUGACGCGGAAGACAAGACGGUGUCAGUACCCACAUCAGAGUGCGUGACGGAAGCAAAGGCUGGAGAGCCGGAAGGGACAGCCGUGUGUGGAGAGGUGGGAUACAAAUGCGAUAAGGCGUUUUGCUUCAAGUGCAUCGGCUUUUAGAAAACAAACUUCUUUGCGAAA